AUGCAGCAUUGCUCGAAUUGUGCUCCGAGUCCACCAAAUCUCCACUGGGUCUAUAAGUCUGGCAGUAAAGCAGCGGGUAAUCUGACUGCCAAGGAGGAUCCAAAGAAAGCUGCAGACACAAUCCCAAGCAAGAAGGAGAACGAGCAACUCGCGGCGCGAGACAACAAAGCGGUCAACUAUAGCAAGGCACUUCUAGAGCACGGCGAUACCUUGGUUAUCAUCCGCUACCCGAACGAGGCAAAGGUUUAUGAUGCGACUAGCUUCGAGAUCAGAGACAAACACCGAGUCCAUUCCAAGAAGCUGCUCGCCACCGGCUCCUCAAAGUUCAAGCAUAUACUGGAGGAUGAGUGGCAAAUGUCCAGAAGACUCGCUGGUGCUUGUCUGGAAUCUGCUCAACCAAAACAGUGCAUUGCUUCCUGGGCAAUCCAUGAACGGAGCACCAGUCCCUCUCCGAAACCAAAGUAUUGCACUUCAGUCAUCACAAUCACCACCAUGGGACGACAAGGCAAGAAGAAGGGAGGAGAGAAGAAGGAUACACGAAAGGCCAAUCGAACUAGAACGGACGACGAGAAAUUGGUGAACCAGCGUGUGUCCCGUGCCGCCCGCGCCCUUCCGGGCUAUGAAUCCGCCUCGAAGAAGCAGCAGGAGAGGAUGAGAGACUGGUUCGGCUACUAUGGCAAGCCCGGCCCCUCGCACUUCUCCGCUCCCUCCCAAGGAGCCGCCGCUGUUGCCGUCGGUGGAGGAAUCGCUCCCGCUGGUUUCUUUGCUCCGCCUCCUCCGCCCCACCACCUCCCCCGCCGAGGAGUCGAAGAAGAAGAAGACGACGACGACGAGGAAGAGAAUGGAGAUGAUGAAGAGGAGAUUGGUGACGAGGUCGGAGAGGAUGGUAGGGGGGAGUGGCGCGCCCUUCUACUAUCGUUGCAUGGCGCGGCGCGUGGCACCGGUGGACGUUGGGAGGAGCCCUUGGCAGAGGCCGUCAGAGCCAAUUUUCCAGAGAUCGACCCCGCUCUUCUGUGA